UUUAAUUCCUAUUAGUUAAUGAUUGGUACUGUAGUGCAGACCUAAGCUUUGUUGGUGGAAAGACGCGUCUUUGAAGCUUUGUUUCGUUUCGUGUGUUAAGUUCUACAAACGGGAAGGAGUUGAAAUAAUGAAGAAACAGCUGGGACUGCUAACGUUUUAUUCUUACUUUCUUAACGCUUUGAGUUUGGAAAUAGUAAAUCAAUGGAAUUUUUUGAACUUCGAUUUUCCUGGAGGAGUUAAGCCCCACGAUUUUAAACCAGAAAAUACCAUAUUUACCGGUUUGGAGAUAACAGACGAUAGAAUAUUUCUUGCUAUUCCCAGCCUAAGAGCAGGUGUUCCAGCUUCCCUAGUUACUCUUCCCAAAAAUACUCCUCCAGGAUCAAGUCCGGCACUCCAGGCGUACCCUGACUGGUCGUAUCAUCGAGCUGGUAACGCUAACUUGACUUGCGAUGGCCUAAUUUCUGUUUACAGGAUCAGAACUGAUUCCUGUAAUAGAUUAUGGGUUCUCGAUGCAGGAGUGAUGACCUCCAUUGAUUCCUUCACAACAGUUUGUCCACCAAAACUGGUAGCGUUUGAUCUGAAAACAAAUCAACCAGUCAGGGUAUCCGUACUUCCAAAGGAGGUUAUCAGACCUUUUACUGCCUUGACAAAUUUAGUUAUUGAUGAGAGCGUUCAAGGAAAAUGUGAUUCAGCUUUCUUUUAUAUCACUGACACCACGACACCAGGCCUGAUUGUGUACGAUGGCAAAAAGGAUCAAGCCUGGCGAUUCUCGCAUCCCACGAUGUACCCUAAUCCAGAUUCGGCUGUUUACGAUAUCGCCGGAGACAGAUUCUCUUUCAUGGACGGCAUUAUAGGCCUAGCCCAUUCCCCUCAAUUAGCUACGUUGUUUUUCCAACCAUUGGCGACCGAGAGAAUAUUCAGCGUUCCCACUGCUGCGUUGACUAAAGGACCUCCAGCAGAACUUGAAGAGUUGCCAGUUUCAUUAGCAGGCCGAAAGUCUUCUCAAGGGUUAGGCUUAGCGAUGAAUCAUGAAGAUAAUACACUUUUCUUUGGGCCAUUCACGGAAACCUCAAUUGCUUCGUGGAACGUUGUCACAAAUGAUCAAAACGUCCUGGCUUACGACCCAAUAAAUCUCCAAUUUACGGCAGAACUGAGGUGGAAGCAAGAUGGUAGUUUAUGGAUAUUAAGUUCAAGAUUCCACAGGUUCUUUAAGAGAACCGUAACACCAAACGAAAUCAACCUGAGGAUAAUGCGGAUUAAGCUUGCCAGACCAGCUCUACCCCAGACCUACACCAAUUUCUAUUUCUAAAUUAUAGAGUAUAUAGUGAAGUGCCGCAAAAGCUAAAGUCCCCCUUAAUUUUUCAUCAUUUCAUUUAAAGCCAAUUCCCUGCCAGUUUUUUACUUUGUUGGAAUAAGGAAUCUAAUUUAGUUUCUCCUUAGAUCUAAAAUACAGUUCAUAAUAGACUGCACUGUGUCUACCAGAGGAACAUAAAAUAUAAUCUGAUGAGAAAAUGAAAAGCACAUAAUCUUAAUUUUAAAUUAUAACUAAAUAUGUCAUGUAACUGAAAAGUAAAUGUUAUUUUAGAUCAUUUUUAGGACAAGUUAAGGUUUUGUGAUCUUUAAUACUAUUUACUUAUUUACUUUUUAAUUUUAUACAAAAAAAGUACUGUCAAAAUUGGCCAAAAUAACAUUGCUGUCGAAAUAACAUUCGUCUUUGUUAAAAAAAUAUCCAUAGUUCAUAGGAAAAAUCUUAUUUUUUUUUGUUUUAUUUACCUCGAAGAUUUAGAGUAAGUUAUUUUAGAACAUUCUGUAUAUGAGGUGCUGACAAUCACUUUUGCAGAUAUCUGUUUCGUCUAAUAAUUGUAAAGAUAACUCUCCUUGUCUUACGUAUUAUUUUAUACAUUUGUAACCUAGAUAUGGUGAGUACUGUAUUUGUUUACAAACUUAGAGAAGAUAUUUGAAUAUAUUAAAUAAAUUGACCUGUGAAAACUUCCUUGGCAGAAAUAGUUUUUGCAAAUCAUAACUCUUAAUUAAUACCUUCUAACUUGAUACAUAUCGAUGUGUGACAUAUGAUGAAAACUUUUUGGAACCACUGACAUCGAUAGCUCUGUAUUUGUUUAGUAUCAUUUGCCAUUUUAGAAUUUAUAUUCGCAUUUACUAAUACACAGGCGCAUUGUCAUUUCACAAAAAAGUAAGAAUUAAAAAAAAAAUAAAUUAUUCCAGUAAAACAUUUGUUCACUAAUAAUUUUCACCAUAAAAACUUAAAUUUGAACUAGCAAUUUUUGUGUUUAAUACAAAAAAUGAAAAUGAGACAAACAAGCGGGCGACAUCCUAUUUAAGGCAACAGCUGUUCACGCACUUUUACGUAGUAUGUAAGUUAGAGUCGAUCCAGAGGUUCUCAAUAAGUUUUCCAAUUUUAAUGAUGUUGAAUAUUAAAAAAUGGUUAUUAUCAAUGUAUUGUACCUACUAUUAAAAAAAUCAUUUACGAAUUUGUGAACACGCUAUAUAUUAAUCGUUAACUUGUUAAUUUAUUAAUGUAUAAAUUUGAAUUCUUCGCGAACUUUUCAGGUCCAUGCCUCAUUUGUUUCAUAUUAAUUUAAAAUGGAUUUUGUUUUCUUUUGAGUACAUUUUUAUCGCAGUUUGAUUUUUCUCCUAAAUAAUUUUUUUUAUAGUUCCAGUUCUGUUGUAA